CUUGUUCGGGCGGGUAACAUUACCAAGAUGGCGGCACCCUCAGCUGCGAGCGCCGUGGACGUUCAGACUCGAUUCGGCCACUCGGUGAAGGGUCUGUUGACCGAGAAGGUGACCAGCUGCGGCACGGAUGUCAUCGCCCUCACCAAACAGGUGUUGAAGGGUUCGCGGAGCGCCGAGUUCUUAGGACAAGCUGCCAGAAACAUGGUGAUGCAAGAGGAUGCCAUUCUGCACUCAGAAGAUAGUUUAAGGAAAAUGGCCAUUAUAACUACUCAUCUGCAGUACCAGCAAGAAGCUAUUCAGAAAAAUGUUGAACAGUCUUCAAAUUUGCGCGACCAACUGACUCACCUUCUGAAAUGAAGAGAGACUGUUGCACGGUGUUAAAGAGCUGAUAGAAACCACUGAGAAAAUACAUGUCUGAGGAUUUAUGGAGACCCUUCCUCUAUUCCUUCUUCACCAAAUGCACUAUGGGACUGAUCUCAUCCCCAAAUAAUCUGCCGGUUUGUAAUGAUGCAAAGUGUACAUUGCACAGUGUACAAGAUUCUGACCUGCAAAUGGAGGAAACUCUUGGAUUUUUUCCAUCGCCAAUUUUGCAGUUAUAAAAAGCUGGCUAUUUUAAUGUAUCUAAUUGCAGACUGCAAUCCCAUGUGUGCAUAUUUUUAAUGGAUUAAUUUUUCCAAGGAUUUACACUUCUGGAGAUCACAAAUGAAAUAUAUCUUGUUUUGUUUUAGAGUGCUUUAAAGGAUGAAACUCUUCUCUGUUCAGAGCUCAGUCAGAUUAAUCAGUAGGCUGAAAUUUUUCAUAUUUCAGGGCUGAGGAAUACAAUCUCAUGGUAGUUGGAUGAGCACUAGAAAGCUGUUUGAAAAAGCUGCAUGCAGGUGGUUCCCUGUGUAUGGUUAUUGUGUGUAGGUUCAACCAUCACUUUGUACUGGCAUUUUGCAUCCCUGAGUAUGAAAAUCUAUCUAGUUUUACUACCUAAGUAAUUAAAGAAAGAGUUAGAGGACUGGAAUUUCCCCCCUCCCAACUUGGUCUUUGUUUAGUGGGAGCUGAGUGUGCAGAGAUGAAAUUUGACAGCUUGUUUAGAUUUUCUUUAAAAGACUAAGUUCAGCCAAUUUGCAAAUAAAUCAAUCUCUAUACAUCAAUAUGUAUAGCUGCCAAUGGUUUCUAAUUUAAGCUGCAAUCCUGUGCACAUUUAUCUGGGAAUAGUCCCCACUGAACACAUGGAACUUAACUUUUGUAUUAAUAUGCAUGGGAUUAUACUUUAAAUUUAUUUCCCCUUAUUUCUUAAUGUAGUUUUAGCUACAUGAGUGUGAGCUGUUCUGAAACUACUUGAGUGUGUAUAUUUCCUUUGCAGAAAGUGUUUGAAAGAGGUCCCUUAAGUCUGUACAUCUGCUGUCAGUUUUGGCCUUGGGCUACAUUCCUAAGCACUCACUGCUAUUACGGCUCUUGAUUAAGCAGCCUUGGCUUCAUUAUGUAAUAUCCUACAGAACCAGCAAUCUAUUCAGAUAUACAGCUGCAGAUGUACGUGCAAUAUCUUAUUUAUACAGUGCUGUGGCUUGAACCAAUUUAAAGCCCAUGGGAAACAGAACUGAUCUAAAAUAUGUAUUUAAAAUAUAUUUGCAUUUCCUUUUUGUUUGUAUUUUGUUCAGAGAACGGUACUCAUGCUUCAUUGACAAAUUGCAAAAAACUGAAGGAGCGAAGUAUUUUGUACACAAAAUCAGGCAAUAUAUGUUACGAUUGCUGUACCUCUUGCUCUUUUUGAGCAAGAACCAGUUAAAUAUAUAUCUGUGGAUAAGA